CCCUGGAAACCAGGGAUAGAAAUGACCUGGAUCAGCUUGCAAGUUUUGAGGCUAAGACCCUGCUGAAAAACAUCCCUCUCCAAAUUUCUUUUCUCUUCCUCCUCUUUUCCAUCAUCCUUUGUCAUUGAUUCCUCCUGCUGCUUCUUGCCUUAACCAUAUUCCCGCACAUUCCCCUUCACCCAAUCCCUUCCCAGCACAUCAAGACCAUCCAUCCCCUGUUGUCCAAAUCCCUUCUCCACUUCCCUUAUUGCCCCGGUGACUGUCCAUGUCCUUAAUUACCUCUGGGGGAAUGUGCAAACUUCCUUAACAUUCUCCCAAGGGGCCCUUCAGUGAUAUUUUGGGAUCAUCAUCCCUUUGGCCAGGACCUCUUCCUGGCUUUCCCUUUUCUACCCUCCAUGGGUGCCCUGCCGUGUUCACUCUCCAAAGAUCCCAGUGCACUCACUGGUGAGAUUUUCAGAGCUCUCUCCCUGCUGACUCUUCAGAGCCCCCCCUGAUUUGUCACUCAUCUGUCUCCUGGUCACUUUCGGGUACCCAAUCAAUCCCCAGUGCCGCCGCCACCCAAGGGAGCCCAUCCCCCAAACUGGGUGGUCUCUCCAAUUGUUGGAGGAUGCAGCCUCCUGUUCACACUGAUUUUCCCGGCCACAUCUCCCUUUCCCUUUCCCCAUUGGCUGAUGUACUUGACAGGUACACACAUCCCAGUCCACCUUCUACAUAGGUCCUUAAUAUGCUCCCUACUUUUGUGUAGCAAACUAUAUUCAUGGCUCUGUGGAGUCUUUUUUCUUCUCGAAGUUCAUGAAUUCAGCAGGACCUUGGCUGAGCAGCAGUCAGUGUCAUCAAUUAAUACAUUUUCUGAAACUGAUUGCUUCUCCUGUUGCUUCUUUGUUUUCAAGUCCCUGGCCUUAUCUUCAAUCUCAUUCACAGCAUCUGUGUGUAAAGACACUUUCCUCUUGUUCUUUUCAUGGGAGUCCCCCAUUUGUGGGCCAUCCCCCCUGGAGCAGGGUGUCCCACUUUGCUGCAGCCCCACUCCUCAGGUGGCGCUCAGCCAAUUGGAGCAUGCGGCAUUGAUGACUGAGCAGUUGCCAGGCAGACCCGCAGCUCCCAGUGUUCCCCACCUGCACUCCCCCCCUUGGCCCCAGCCCUCCCUGCGAGGGGAAUUUGGGGAGGUGGGAGAGGGGCAGCGCCAAGGCCGGGCCCCCCCACUCUGUCCUGGCGGGAGCAGCUGCAGUGGGGACCGAGUGCGGGCGGAAGCGGCCGAGAGCCCAGCGCUGCCCCAGCCCGACCUGCCCCAGCUCCAUCCCUGCCCCUGCGGUGGGAUGCUGUGGGUUUGGGGGAAGAGGGAGCUGGCAGUGAGUACUGGGCCUGGGGCAGGAGGAGAAGGGAAGGAGAAGCAGGGUUGAGGAACAAAAUGGUCAAACGCUGCACGUGGGAGGAGGAGGUGGGAUUGUGCAGGAGAAGGUGGAAUAGCAGGAGGAACAGGAGUGUGAGGAAGAGCAGGAACACAGGAGGAGGAGGAGCAGAAACAGGAAGCAUCACAAGGUUCCACUUCUCCCUGUAUCUGCAGCCUCCCUCCAGCCCCAGGAGCGUUGCCCUACACCAUAUGCAACAGUUGACAGGGAAGAGGGAUCCACAAUGUUCUCAGAGGAUUCUUCGGUCCCAGGGUGUGACUGGAUGGAGGAGGAGGAAAAGCCCCGGAGAUCCUGCACAAGGAGUGGCUGCAAACCCAGCCCAGAAAGCUGCAGGGAGGAAAGAGCCCCCCUGAUCCCGGAAGGCAGCUGGAGAUCCAGCCAGAGCUCAGAGCUGGUGGAGAAGCCUCAUGGUGGGGAGAAGCCGCACAAGUGCUUGGAAUGUGCGAAGGGUUUCAGCCAGAGCUUGAAACUGAUCCAGCACCAGGUGAUCCAGCACCAUGUGAUCCACACUGGGAAACGGCGGUAUGAGUGUGAGGAGUGUGGGAAGCGUUUCAGCCACAGCUCCAGUCUGAGCCGGCACCAGAGGAUCCACAGUGGAGAAAAGCGCUACUGGUGUGGGAAAUGUGGGAAGAGCUUCAGAGACAGCUCUGACCUGAUCCGGCACCAGGUGAUCCACACGGGGGAGCGACCCUACACCUGCUUUGAAUGUGGGAAGAGCUAUGGGUGGAGCUCUGCCCUGACAAAACACCAGCUCACCCACACUGGGGAGAAAUCCUACAAGUAUCCUGAGAGUGGGAUGAGGUUUCCAAGGAGCUCCGAUCUCCUCAGACAUGAGCGGAAUCACACAGAGGAGAGGCCUUUCCGCUGCCCCGACUGCGGGAAGGGCUUCAAGCAAAACUCCGCCCUCACCAUCCACCGGCGCAUCCACACUGGGGAGAAGCCCUACGAGUGUCCCCAGUGUGGGAAGAGGUUUCACAUCAGCUCCAGUCUCCUUGUACAUGAGCGGAUUCACACCGAGGAGAGGCCCUUCCGCUGCCCCGACUGUGGGAAGGGCUUCAAGCACAACUCCACCCUCACCACCCACCGGCGCAUCCACACCGGGGAGAGGCCCUACGAGUGUGGGGAGUGUGGGAAGAGCUUCUCCAAGAGCUCUCACUUGACCCAACACCAACGGAGGCACCACUAAGGGAAGCCCUGUGAGUGCCCCGAGUGCGGGAAGAGCUGUGCUGAUCCAGCUCCAUCCCCCAUGGGAGGAUCCACAUUGAAAGAUCCCCAGUGACCCCCGUUGGGCAGAGCCCUGGUGAUCUUUUAUGGGGAAUAAAAAAGAGAGUAAAACAAUGGAGCUGAUAAAGGGGCCUGAUACCUGAGCCCUGAUCGAGCAGAAUCUGUGGGAAAGACAGACACAGAUUAAGGCUCCCUGGGCAAGAAGUGACCAAGCAACAUGUUGUGAGACUUUGAUAAGAUAAUGUUACCAGGUGAUGUGAUGUCAUGAAGAAUCUGUAACCAAUGGGAAAUUGUUACCAGAAAUAGAACCCUAUAUAAGCACCAUAGAAGUCAAGCCCUAUAUAAACCCCUGGUGUACUCAAUAAAAUUGGCUUCUGAUCUAAA